AUGCUCCGGCGUUGGAGCAACUCACUGCUGUCUGGAGUAAACGUUGCAACUCUACUCGUAUGCUUUGUUAUAUAUUACAUUCUUUAUUACUACUUGAAACGACGACGUCGCUUGGUUAACAUUCCUCCGGGUCCGAAGCCGUGGCCGAUAGUGGGAAAUUUCGGAGGGUUUCUCAUCCCUUCGUUCGUCCGCAAGAGGUUCGGAAAGCCGGCGAAGCCGAACUGGACACCCGUGGAGGCGUUGAGGGAGCAAGCCGCGCGUUACGGCGACGUGUUCAGCCUGUUUGUGGGCGCACAGCUCAUAGUGGUGCUGAACGGCUAUGACGUCAUUCGUGAUGCCCUGCUGAACCAUGCAGAAGUUUUCUCUGAUAGGCCGGACAUCCCUGCGGUCACCAUCAUGACCAAACGCAAAGGAAUUGUCUUUGCACCAUAUGGGUCAGUAUGGAGAAAGCACCGGAAGUUCUGCCACGCUUCUCUUCGCACAUUCGGUUUGGGCAAACUUAGCUUGGAGCCUUGCAUCCUCCAAGGCCUGGAGACCAUUAAAAGCGAGCUGAUGAGACCACGUGAAGAUGAUUGCAAAGGUGGCGUAGAUUUGACGCUAAUGGUGAGCAACGCCGUCUCCAAUGUUAUCUGCUCUCUGGCCCUUGGGGAGCGCUUCCCCCAAGACGACCGGCAGUUCGCCACCCUGCUGGGCCUGAUGGUGCGAGGCCUGGAGCUGUGCGUCAACAGCCCCGCUGUCCUCAUCAACGUCUUCCCGCCGCUGUACCACUUGCCCUUCGGGGUCUUUGGCGAGAUCCGGCAGGUGGAACGUGACAUCAGCGCCUUCCUGAAGAGGCUCAUCGCCAAGCAUCGCGACACGCUGGACCCGGACAACCCCCGAGAUUUGGUGGACAUGUAUCUGGCAGAGAUGGCGGCUCAGAGGAGUGCGGGUGUGGAGGACAACAGUUUCGAUGAGGACUACCUCUUUUACAUCAUUGGAGAUCUCUUCAUUGCGGGUACCGACACUACUACCAACUCUCUUCUGUGGAUCAUGCUCUACUUGGUUGUGCAUCCGAACAUCCAAGAGAAGAUCCAAGCCGAAGUGGAUGAGGUGGUCGGACGAGGCCGUGUGCCGUCUCUGACUGACCGUGGCAGCUUGCCCUUCACCGAGGCCACCAUCAUGGAGGUCCAGAGGCUGACUACCGUGGUUCCUCUAGCCAUUCCGCACAUGGUGUCCAAGACCACUGACUUUCGAGGCUUCACGAUUCCCCGAGGAACAGUCCUCCUGCCCAACCUGUGGUCAGUCCACCGAGACCCCGCCGUGUGGGACCAGCCCGACAGCUUCAGGCCGGAACGCUUUCUGGACGAGGAGGGCAAGCUUGCAAGGAAAGAGUGCUUCAUGCCCUUCGGGAUCGGUCGCAGGGUGUGCAUGGGUGAGCAGUUGGCCAAGAUGGAGCUCUUCCUCAUGGUCACUGGCCUGCUGCAGGCUUUCACCUUCCGGCUACCGGCAGGAACGCCGUCACCUCCCAUGCAUGGACGUUUUGGCCUGACGCUGGCACCGUGCUCCUUCACAGUGUGCGCCACACCUCGUGGGUGA